GUUCUCUCUCUCUCUCUCUCUCUCUCUCUCUCAACUGUAUUUCUGAGGUUCGGCAGACCUACGAGCCAACUCAGCGAUAGGAAGAGAGAAUAAAGUGAGGGAAAAUCAGAGUGCUAGCUCGAGAAAGUUUGGAAGAUUUGGUGAGAGAAAGCGGGAGGACUGUAGAUUCGUUGCGCCGAAUCUUCCUUCAGUAGUCAUUGCCUGGCGAUUUGGAGGUCGGCAAUCGCAGAUUCUUCGUUGCCUUGGCGAAUCUCCCGGCAUUGGUGGUUGAGAUCUUCGGUUGAGUGAAAUUUGGUGGGCUGUGGAGGGAUCUGAUUUGGUUGAUAAGACUUGAUCCUGUUGAAGUUGAAAUUAAUGCGCGAAAUUUGAGGAGAGCUCCGGUGUUCGUGAGAUUUGUGAUGAAUGAUGUUGACCUUAACUGGUGGUUUGUGAUGUAAUAUGGCACUGGUUGUCCCACUCGAAGAAGAUGUCGCUUUAUAUUGGUCGCGAGGCUUCAAAGCUAUGGAAGAGAAUUUGUGCAGAAAUAAUUACAGAAAUCAACCUUCUUGUCGAAAACUGGAAGUAUCUUCUCGCGGGGCUAAUCUUUCAGUACUUCCAUGGUUUGGCUGCUCGAGGAGUCCAUUAUCUGCAUCGGCCUGGACCAACUCUUCAGGAUGUUGGCUUCUUUCUCCUUCCUGAACUUGGGCAAGACAAUGCUUACAUCAGUGAGACUGUGUUCACCUUCAUCUUUCUAUCUUUUGUCUUGUGGACUUUCCAUCCUUUCAUUUUCAAGAGCAAAAGGAUCUACACGGUUCUAUUGUGGUGCAGGGUUCUGACAUUUCUAGUUGUGUGUCAAAUUCUUCGGAUUAUAACAUUUUAUUCUACUCAGCUUCCUGGCCCGAAUUACCAUUGCCGUGAGGGCUCAAAACUUGCCAGGCUACCUCCUCCACAGAGUGUAUUUGAAGUACUACUAAUUAAUUUUCCUCGGGGUGUAUUAUAUGGUUGUGGGGACUUGAUAUUUUCAUCUCACAUGAUCUUCUCUCUUGUAUUUGUGCGUACAUAUCAGAAAUAUGGCAUGCAGAGGUCCAUUAAGCUGUGUGCUUGGUUAAUUGUUGUGAUCCAGAGCUUAUUGAUUGUAGCAUCACGCAAGCAUUACACUGUUGAUGUUAUUGUAGCAUGGUAUACUGUGAAUUUGGCGGUGUUCUUUGUUGACAAUAAGUUGCCAGAACUGCCUGACCGCACUAAUGCUGCAUUGUUGCUACCACUGAGCAAGGAUGGACGGACUAAAGAAGAGAAUCACAAACUCUUAAAUGGGAAUUCUGGAGAUCCUCUAGAUCGGAGGUUCAGAACUCCAGUCAAUGGUAAGAUACUGGAAGACGGCAAAACAGUCCAUGUUGAAUUGGCAAUGAAUGGGGCGUAGAGACACAAGCUGCUUGUUCUGGGAUACCAGCACUUCAGGCUUAUAGAAGUCCCCAGCUCCCUUUCGGCUAAACCUGGUUUGUGUAUUCUGGUGGGUAUCAAAAUUGGGCCGCCCCUGCUUGUUUGGUUGAUUGCUGUUCAUGGCUGACGGAGUCGGUCAUUGCACUGCUUCUAUUGCUUUAAAUCAAAUACCCACCUUGUAGUGCAGUUUGUAAUUGUUGUUUUUGAGGAGUUUCUACUUCCUGUUAAUUUCAUAAAAAAAAAAAAUGUGGACAAUUAGGGACACCAAGAUGAGGUCCAACUGGAUAUUUCUACUCGAAGCAAUUAUGGCUGCUUCCUGCUCGUCUGUAACCUGCCACCCACCAGAGUUGUAAAUUGCAUCUUUUAGAGAAGCUUCCUUUUAAAAUAGAAACAACCCCUUAGCUAGCUCACAUGGGAAUACGGGGAAUGCACAAUACUUCAAAUGGCUUCUCUUUCACGGACAUAGAUCAUGCCAACUUCUGUGCCAUGUGAAGCUCGCAAGUUUGUAGCUGAUAUCUAGGGAUAUCUUCCUCAUUAUGCCGGGCAGAUUUCGGUUUUAAGCUGGACAAACCAAUUGGCUCCACAUGCUUCUUUUUAACUGGAAAAUUCCACCGUAACUUAUGGAAUUGGACAAGUUUGAAGAGAGAUGAAUUCCAUUCACGAAUAACAUUUCAAAUCAGCCCAUGUGCCCUGACAUUGGAGUUAAAACUGUAAAAAGGACUUGAGGCCAGGUCCAUUGUGUUGGAAAAUGUCCUAAUGCUGAAUGUUUUGUGGAUUGAUUACUUUAUCUUAGUGUUUUGUUUGUCGGGGUCCUCUGGUGCA